CCUUCUAUUGCACAACAGAGAGGGUGUCUGCAUGUCCGUUCUCAUCUCAUUCAGUAGAAGAAUCAUAUAGCAGCCCGGAUUCGGAGCACUAGUUGUGCUUCAGGCAAGGUGAGACUGCUAUGUCCAUUGGUCCGGUAGUGCUCUGGAAGCGUCUCUGAAUGGAAUAAUUUCCAAACGCUGUCGGAAUGGUAUGGUACAUUUGCAAAAUUAUAGGAGUGAUGAAUGGAUGAAAAACACAGAUAAUCGACAAAUGCUGUAUAUUCUAUAUAUGAACCAAGAAACAGUUCUCUUGAUUUAGCGGUUAAUAGCAAACGUUUAAAACGGACGGCAUCAAGGCGCAAAGAGGGAGAAACCACGGGAACAUGAGGGAGCGGGACUUUAUGCCAAACAUGGAACGGGGCAAACCUGCCACAUACACGGGAGACAAAAAAGCAAAAAUGGCUGCUAAAACCAAUAAAAAGUGGGUGAGACUGGCUACUGUCUUUGCAUAUGUCUUGUCCGUGUCUUUGGCUGCUAUAAUACUGGCCAUUUAUUACAGUUUGAUAUGGAAGCCGACGUCUGCUUCUUCGUCUGGACGCUCAGAUGUUUUGGUGACGGCCACAACUAUCCCCAUAAACCCAAAUAGUAUCACUUCUAGUGAUGUCUCAUCCAUGAGCAAGACAAACAAUGCAUCAAGGGUCAACCUGAGAUCAACACAGACUCCCAGUAGCAGAGGUCAUGUGGGCUUUUCCAGUACCUUUACAACCAAAGCAAAGAAUACUGCUCACACUGGACCUUUAGAAUCAGUGCAAAGCCAUAUUCACGAAAAAACAGGACAAUUCAUUACAGCAAAAGUAAGCCAUUCUAGUAUUCUCCUCGCAGGUGCAUCAAGUGAACCUUCUAUGUCACAAGGAGUCACAGAGGGCACAAAAGACAUGCAUGUUUCACUUGUGGAUAUUGGAACCAUUUCCACAUCUUCUGCCAAACAAGACUUGCAUUACAGUUCAGGGACUGGUGCCGCAGAGAAUCAGCCAUUGGAGUUCAUUCGUACCCAAGAGUCAUACUUGUGGGAUUCAGCAUCUCCAAAUUUCAAUCUAUUUCAACAGCCCACAACUGACCAGGCUUCUUGGACAAGGUACAGUGCAGGACCUGAUGUCUCCUCUUUGACAGAACAUGAACUGGAAUUAAUGGAGGGCUCCUCUCCGUUGCAAGAGGAGAUGGUUACCAAGGACACAGAGAAUGAAGCAAUUGGUGUGUGACACCAGAUUAUUUGUGUGCCACAUGAUUAUUUGACAUUAAUGGCGAUGACAGUGCAGUGCAAGAAAUAAGAGCCAAGACUCAUUUGUCAUACAGUUUCUUUCUCUCUCUCACUCUCUCUCUCUCUCUCUCUCUCUCUCUCUCUCUCAAGGGUAGAAACUGUGUUGACCAGCUUUGGAAAGUUCUAUAAUGGUUGUUACAUUAUGGGCUCUGAAAUAGAAUAAUGAUAACUCAUGAGUAACAGCUUACUCGUGAGGUUUUGUUUUUUAAUGUAAUAUGUAUAUGAGGUGUUUCAUCCUUUGAAAGAACUGUGGAAAAUGAGCCAUUCAUGCCACGGACAUUGGACAUACAUCCUUCAGUAGCAUUUAUUUAAUUGUGUUUUAGUUGUGAGCAAGUUAAACAAACCUAUUUAAAGGGAUAGUUCACCCAAAAAGGAAAAUUCUCUUAUCAUCUACUCACCCUCAUGCCAUCCCAGAUGUGUAUGACUUUCUUUCUUCUGCUGAACACAAACAAAGAUUUUUAGAAGAAUAUUUCAGCUCUGUUGGUCCUUACAAUGCAAGUGAAUGGUGACCAGACCUUUGAAUAGGGAUGGGAAUCGUUAGGAAUUUAACGAUUCUGAUUCCUCUCAACAAUUCCAGCUCCUUAAUGGUUCCAAUUAACGAUUCUAGUAGUUCUUUUUAGGAAGAAUGAUUUGAAAAUGAGAAAUGCAAUUCUUAUUGGAUUUACUGUCCUCUGCUGUCUGUUGCCAAAUGAUGAGAUCCUUUAAGAUUUCUACAGAGCAGAUAUAACAAAUUUAGAAAUACAUUUAAUAAAAUUCUUGUAAAAGGUGUGUUUGCUGACUUUUUAGAGACAUAUAUCCAAUCCAAUAAUUGAUCCUAACUAGGCUAUAUCUGGACUGGAUCUAAACAAACAAGAAAUGUGAAGGCAUAUUUAAUUAAUUUAUUUUAUUUAAAUAUAAAAUUCCUUGUAUUAUAAAACUCGUGUAUCUUUAAUUAAACAUUGAACCCAGAACCGUUUCUCAGUUCCCAACCCUACCUUUGAAGCUCCAAAAAUUACUUAAAGGCCACAUAAAAUGAAUCUGUAAGAUUCCAGUGGUUAAAUUCAUAUCUUCAGGAGCGAUAUGAUAGGUGUGGGUGAGAAACAGAUCAAUAUUUAAGUCCUUUUUUUUUAACCAUAAAUCUCCACUUUCACAUUCUUUCACAUUUUGAAAAAGUUUUAUGUGGCCUUCAUGUGUUUGUUUGU